AUGUGUAUUAAUACAGAGAGACCAAAACCAGUAGUGAAGGUAACUCCAGAUCAGCGUGUGUUCAGAGGAGAGACAGUCACUCUCACAUGUGACAUACAGGGAGGAGGAAACAUUCAGUGGACAUACAGCUGGUUUAAAGAUGGUUCAGUCAUCAGACGCGUCACUGAGAGAGUCUACAGCAUCACAUCUGAUCAGUCUGACAGUGGUGAAUACAGGUGUAGAGGAGAGAGAUCAGACUCACAGAGAUCAGACACCAGUGCUGCUGUUACACUGACUGUAUCAGAUUUAUCCAGAUCUACACUGACUGUGACACCAGACAGUCCUGUAUUCACUGGAGACACAGUCAAUCUGACGUGUGUGAUUGAGUCUGACAAUAACUGGAGAUAUGAGUGGUAUAAAGGCAGCUACAGAGUAAUGCCACAUAGGUCUGAGCGUUACACUGUAAACAGAGACACUCUCUCUAUCAGAGGAGCUACUGAGUCUGAUCAGGAUCAGUACAUGUGCAGAGGACAGAGAGAUGAAAGACCAAAAUCUUCACACUCAAGCUCUCUUGUUUAUCUCACUGUGAUGGAUUUCCCCACAUCUACACUGACUGUGACACCAAACAGUCCUGUAUUCACUGGAGAGACAGUCAAUCUGAAGUGUGAGAUUGAGUCUUACAAUAACUGGAAAUGGAGAAAUGACAAGACAUAUGGCUGGACAUAUGACUGGACACCUGACUGGAGAUAUGAGUUGUAUAAAGGCACAGACAGUGUAAUGUUACAGACGUCUGAGCAUUACACUGUAAACAGAGACACUCUCACUAUCAGAGGAGCUACUGAGACUGAUCAGGAUCAGUACUGGUGUAGAGGACAGAGAGAUGAAAGACCAAAAUCAUCUCUCUCAAGCUCUGCUGUUUCUCUCACUGUGAUGGGUCUGAAACCAAAGCCUGAAUUCACGUCAGAUCCUGCAGGAGCUGCACUGACUGGAAACACAGUGACUUUGACCUGUCGCAUGGAUCUGUCCACUGGAUGGGACUUUUACUGGUACAAACACACACUGAACUCUGAGAUAAAGACAGAAACAAACUCCUACAGAGUGAAGAUUGAUUCAGUGUCUGAUGGAGGCCAGUACUGGUGUAGAGCUGGAAGAGGGAAACCAGUCUACUACACACAAUACAGUGAUGCACUGUGGGUAAAUGUUACAGUGAGUCCUAAAGCUGUGGUGACGGUAUGGCCUGAUGAACGAGUGUUCAGAGGAGAAACAGUCACUCUCAGAUGUGAUAUAAAACUGGGUUUCAUCUCUGUCUCAGGUGUCUCUCCUUCAGUGUCUCUGGUGGUCAGUCCCAGCAGAAGUCAACACUUCUCAUCUGACUCUCUCUCUCUGAGCUGUGAGGAUCAGAGUAACUCUACUGGAUGGACAGUGAGAAGAUACACAGACAGAAACACAGAAGAUUGUUCAAAACUAACAGGAUCUACAUGUCGAAUUGACUCCCUCAACACAUCUGACGCUGGAGUUUACUGGUGUCAGUCUGAAUCUGGAGAGAAACGUCAUCCUCUAAACAUCACUGUUCAUGAUGGUGAUGUGAUUCUGCUGAGUUCUGUUGAUCCUGUGAUUGAGGGAGAUACUCUGACUCUACACUGUUUACAUCGAUCUACAAACUCCUCGAUCCUCAGAGCUGAUUUCUAUAAAGACGGAUCACUCGUCAAGAAUCAGACGACAGGAGAGAUGAACAUCACGACUGUCUCAAAGUCACAUGAGGGUCUGUACUACUGUAAAACAGAGAGAGGACAGUCACUGCACAGCUGGAUCUCAGUCAGAGUGUCAGGUUCAGGUCAGAUUUCUGUCUUCAGCAUCCUCAGUUCUCUUCUGGCAGCUUGUCCGUAUCUGCUGGCGACAGUCGUGCUGCUUUUCAAAUGCUACAGAGCGAGAGAGUCACAGGAUGCUGGAGUCUCAGGCUGAAGGCUGGGAAACACACUGGACACUAGUGUUGCUUUCGUCAACGAAAAUUAUG